AGAGGGCGACAACAUCCCGUCCAGACUGUGGGUAGUGUCGGAAGUUGGUUUUACUCUACAUGCGUGGUUCUGACCAACACAACUACAACAAUGAGGGCUAUCAUUCAGAGGGUGAACAGGGCGUCUGUGACAGUGGGAGAAGAGCAGAUCAGUUCAAUAGGACGAGGACUGUGUGUGCUGCUGGGUAUAUCUAUGGAGGACACCCAGAGGGAUGCUGACUACAUAGUACGCAAGAUCCUGAACCUGAGGCUGUUCGAAGACGAGAACGGACGAGCAUGGAGCAAAAGUGUCAUGGACCGGGAAUUUGAGGUGCUGUGUGUGAGCCAGUUCACCCUGCAGUGCAUACUGAAGGGCAACAAGCCAGACUUUCACGCAGCCAUGCCUGCAGAGUUGGCCCAGCCUUUCUAUAACAGCAUCCUGGAGAACAUGAGGAGUGCCUACAAGCCCGAGCUCAUUAAAGAUGGGGAGUUUGGAGCCUACAUGCAGGUCCAGAUUCAAAACGACGGACCUGUUACCAUUGAACUGUCAUCACCUACAGGUCCCACAGACCCCAAACAGCUGUCAAAGCAGGAGAAGCAGCAGCAGAGGAAGGAGAAGACGCGCUCCAAGGGCCCCUCAGAGUCGGGCAGGGAGAAAGGCACCCUACGUUCCCGACAGGACCCCAACGCUAGCAGUGGGGCAGAGGGUGAUGUGUCUUCAGAAAGGGAGCCCUAGGUCAGUGGGAUGUUAUAUCGGGGACAUGAUGGUGAGCUCUGUUUCCUCAGGAAGGCCUUAAUCUUCAGUGACUCUUAACACCUGAUUGUGGACUGUCCUUCCUGUUUGGAAAUCAGCAGGAUUCUCAUGGCCUGUCACAGAUCAUCGUCCCCUUUGCUGGUGUCCUUGGCCUCUCUCCUCCAGAAUCAGAUAGGACCGGCUAGGUGUAAACAAAGUAGCAAAGAAAAUGUAUAUCUGCAAAGCAGUGCCCAGUUUUCUUAGAUUUACGAAGGGACAUUGAGCAAGGGCGCACAGGAGGCAUGGGACCCAACAGCAACACUGUAUUGUGUGGCCCAGUCACUUUCUGUGCUCUCUUACUUUGUCUUUUUCCCACUGCCUGUAUACUCAGGUUUCUACCUCCUUCUGUCUGUCUCUCUCUUUCAGAUUCUUCCUGCCUGUCCCACUCUCAGUCCACUGUUUCCACUUAAUCUCUGCUAAGAGACAUGACACUGACCCUGAAGUAUAACUCAGCUUCAAGUUCUUGGCUUGUAGUACAGGCACAUGAACAUAGUUACAUGUGUGAAGUCUAUUUUGAAAGGUUAAAGAUUACCUUGAUGAAAAGACUGGGGGAUAUUUACUAAACUUGUCACAAUUAUCAUCAGGGGAGCAAAAUUCACAGCCGUUUUUCAAUUUUACAAUGUAUUUACUAAGACUAAAGAUGUAAAUGAGCCCAUCUGAGUUGAGGUGCAACAAAGUAAGAUCUGAUACUGGACUGCUUUGACAUGCAAAAAGUGUUUCUGCAGCUGAACUUGGAAUACUAAAUAUGAGUUAAAUAGCCUGAUGUCAGUUCAACAAAAAGGUCAGUGAUUGAGUUAUGAAAAUCCAUGCGGAUCUUUACAAGGAAAAAUAUUGGGGUUAUUUUAGGAUUCAGAUUAGUGCCAAAAAAAGCGUUGCAAUUCCUUAGUAAAAUAUCCCCUUGUGUGUUUUAAAGUCUAACUGAAAUUAAAUUGCUUUUUUUCCUGCUACAGCAUACUGAUCCACUCUGUAAAUGUAGCACAUAGACAGCUUACCUACAAACGUCAACAUUAGUGGGUUUAGAUCCUUACUCUUCAGUACCACUGCAACGAAACACUAUCUGUCCUUUGCUUGUAAGCUACAAUUAGCAAUGCAGGUUUGUUUACAUUGUCUCUGGAUACCCCUGCCUGUUCAGCUGCCAAUCAAAAACACACCGGCAUGCCUGCUUAGAGGCUAACAGCGCAUUUCAGAUGUAUUUGUAAAGACUUAUUAUUCUCCAAUUAUAAAAAAAUAAAUAAAUAAAAGAUAUUGCCAAUUAAUUUAAAAACACUCCAGCAUGAUUUUGAAAGCUAAAAUAGGAAAAUAUGACAAUGUGAUUUCAGUUGGACUUUAAAUCCUAAGGGUUACCUGUGUGUCUCUCCAACCUUGAAUCAUUUUAUUGCCCCACCAGACCCACUCAGAGAAAAUAACAGUUCUGCCUGCAGGGAGGGAUAGUGCUAUACCGCUCGCUUCAGCUGUAGUCGAUUUUGUGUCUAGGAUCGAGUAGUCUCUUCUUAGUGACUAUGAGUCAGUUUGUCUCAAUUACCUGUACUUUACCUCUGUGGAGAGGGGCUAGCUGUGCUUCAAUAUCAGUGAACACUGACACCAGUGUGGUUUGGCCGACUGCGGCCCCACAAAGAUAUACCUACUAUUUAUAAAUGUUUUGAUUAUUACAAUGUCUGCUGCCACUUAACAGAUCUGAAUGUAUAAUUUGUUGUCAUUUUAUAAAGAUGUAAAUAGAAAAAGUGA